AUGUCGCGAUCCUCACCCGCGCGCAAAAGCCAGCAGCCUCCGUCAAGCCCUGAGCGAAAUUUUCGACACAGCUUCCUCUUCGACACGCGCAACGAUGAAUUGAGUCAUCUCGAUGCGCUCGCCGCGGCGCAGGCUGAGCAUGAGCGCGUCCGUGAAGCUGCUGUGCGAGUCUUUGAGAUGCACGAGCUGAAGGAGGAGAGCGAGCGCAUCCGCCAGCAGCAGGAACGCGAGCAGGAAAGGCUCAAAGCCGAAGCAGAACUUGCGGAGAAGGAACGCAAGCUGCAGGAACUGCGGGCAAAAUCGAUCCCGAAGCCUGCGCCACCCGAGCCGAAGCCAGAGCCUGUCAAGGCGACGCCCAGCUUGCCUGCGAAGCCGGUGGAACAGACCGCCGAGCUGCACUCCCAAACACAGCAGAAGCCGGUCGUCAAGCAAGAACCAGUGUCGUCGCCGAGUCCCUUGACGAAUGGAUUCGGUCUAAACACUGCCAAGCCCGCACAACCAGCCGCACAGCCGCCGCCGGUGAGCAACCUGGCAUCACCUGUUGCAAACAACACCCAGUCAAAGUCACAGCAAGUGGUUUCGCAGCCCACUCCCAAGGCACCGGAACCUCCCAAAUCUUCAGAGUCAACGGAACAAUAUGUAAAGAUCCAUCAAGAGCUGAAAAAGCUCCGUGCAUCUCUGCAGGCGGAGGCCAAGGUCCCCGGUUCUCCUCUGAAAGGAACCAUGGGCACGUACCGACGCGAAAUUCGCGUCUCCAUCGGCCAGCUGACAUCCGGCCGCGGUGCCAACAACCCAUCUAUUAAGAAAAUCACAACUGCCCUACUGGAUGCGCUCCAGCAAAAGGUGCCCAGCACACCCGUCGAGGUGAACAAGUUUGUGGUAAAUGUCAGAGAGCCAGUCGAAGGCGCCGCUAACAACGGCGCCACGCUACCUGCCCUGUUCAUCUACCUCGUAAACAUUUGCGCCAAAGGCAUCAUCAACCAGUUCAUCAGCGAAUGUGGCGCCAAUCCCAAGGCCGCGGAUCCCAUCGGCGUCUUUACCGCGCACGUUUUUUCCAUGCCCGAGUUCCAGUGGCGCGGUGCCUCGCUGAUCGAUAUCCUCAUUGCCAAGUUCCGCAUUGCCUGCCCCGUGCUCUUUGGUCUGUCUGGUAACGACAAGACAGAGCGAGGCCGCGUGGCCCUGGGUUGGCGCAAAGACGGCCCGAGCUGGAUCACAGAGCAGAGCCACAACGACCGCAUGGCGGGCUUGGCAGCGGGCUACGCGGCUGUGUCCCUGCGCGACUUUAGCCGGUCGUCCAAAGCGAAUCCGUAUCCCCCGGCGCACUACUGGACGGCCCUGGCCGGCAUCGUCAACUGUCCGGCGGGCCACACGUCUAACACGCAGUACGUUGUCGUGCGAUACAUGAUUGACGGCCACGAGCAGCGGUUUCUCAACUUUUACGGCAACGCCGCCGUUGCAGCGCUGCGACUUGCCUUGGUUGAAUUUCCCAAGAAAGCGCCGGGCAACUCGCCCGCCGCCGGGUCUCUGCAAGCUCUCGCCGAGGUGCUCAAGUCGACGAGCGGGUUGAUACUGGCGUGA